CCCCUGUUUGCUCUAUAGGAGCUGUGCGUGCUGCGCUCUCUCUGGCAAGGCAAAAGGGCUCCUGUCCUUAGAGGAGGAGUCUGAGUGGCCAGGUGAAAUGCCGUCUGCUUUCCCUAUCUCUUAUUCAAACCCUGGAACUGCUCAACAGCAGAUUUAUUAUGAAUCGCUUCCUUAUUCUGUAAUGAGGGAAUUAAGGAAAGCCAUUGCUGAUUCUGGUCUGAAAUCCUCUUAUGUGACAGGGAUGCUAGAAGGCAUAGCAACUGGUUACAUUAUGCUACCUCAGGACUGGAAAGACCUUAUGCGCAUGCUUUUGUCCCCUGCUCAGUAUGUGGUGUUUGAGAGUGAAUUUAAACAUAGCGCUUCAGCCCUGUCUGAUCCUCAACAUACUGCCAAUGAACUUUAUGGUGCUGGUCAGUUUGCUGAUAUAACUGCCCAAGCAACACUGACACCUGUACAUUUUGUUCGCACCGCGACCUGUGUACAACGCGCCUUUCGGAAAGUCCCUGUUUCUGGGCAACCGCUGAGCUCCUUUGUGAAUAUUAAGCAACAGCAUUCGGAGCCAUACCAUCAGUUUAUAGAUAGAUUGAAAGAAUCAGUCACUAGGCAGAUUGAUAACACCACUGCUCAAAAUGAAUUGAUGAAAAAAUUGGCCUUUGAAAACGCAAACACUGAUUGCAAGAAAGCUUUGCAGUCAAUCAUACAUCGCCCUAAAUAUGAACUGGCCGAUAUGAUUCAAGCUUGUGCGGAUGUCGGUAGCCAGAGCCAUGCGAUGUCCUUGCUUGCCGGCGCAAUCCAAGCAACCACUAAGCCUACUGGUAACUGCUUUAAUUGCAAGCGCCCAGGCCAUUUUGCCAAGCAAUGCAGAGCCCCUGGCGGGGGGACAAACAAGGAUGGUGCUGCCUCUAAGGCUAAACCUUCUGAAUUUGCCAUUGAUUUGAUCAAUCAGGAGACCAAAGACUCUGUUUUACCUGGUGAAAUUGUGCUCAUGCCCACUCAAUUGGCAGGUCCCCUGCCUCCUAAAGUCGCAGGUUUAAUUUUACCCAAAUUUUCUGCGGCAAAGGAAGGCAUCCAGGUUAUUCCUGGAGUUCUGGAUCCUGACUAUGUAGGCACAAUAAUGGUUCAACUCUGGAGCCAUAUGCCCAUGCAAUUAAAAAGGGUGAGUCUUGGGCGCAUUUGGUGGUGCUCCCUUCUCAUCCUACUGCUUCUAUUAUGGAUACUAAUUUGCACGAGCUCUCUUCUUUCCCUCCACAGCUGUUAGCUGUAGUCCAGAGGAUUGGUGAGAAGAAACUUCUUC